AUGACAUCACGGCUUCCUCUUUCCACUCACAUCUGGAUUCAGCCCGACCUGCACUCUAGCCUGAUACCCGUCAAGAUGAAGGGCUGUCUGGAGAGUUCCAAAUGCAACAAAACGGAGAACGUGAACUUCCUUGCGUCUGGAAACACCACCGCCUACGCCAUGACCAAGACCUGCUGCAGCACAGACCUGUGCAACAGCGCCCCCGCAGGGCUCCCUGGGGCUCUGCAGCUGGCCCUGGCCUCUGUCGCCGCAGUGUUCGCCGCUCACGCUCUGGUCUAA